UUUCGAAAUAAAAUGUUUUAUUUUUAUGAACCAAAAAUAAAUUUUCCAAAGAAUCAACUAGUGAAAAUGUGUUUUUUCAGUAAUAACUGAAUACGACCAUAUUGUAAAUCAACAAAAUUUUCUAAAUGUAAAACGAAAAUUUAUAUCAAUAACAAAAAAGAUGUUUUUUUUUUUUACUUCAUGGAUCAAAAGCACACUUCGAAGUAACACAAACUGUACAAAUUGAACUGUCCCUGUUAGCCACCUAUCGGCAGAGUAUAUUAUACAGAAACAAAUAACGAAAACGGUGAAGUCACCGGUUAAUUACCCAACAACGAAACGUCAGAAUUUAGAAUCGUAUACAAUAGUAAAAUUACGAUUGCAAUUUUUAUAAAUUAUUUAAUGCUUUCUAUAUUGCACUUUUGUUUAAAUUAAGCUUUUUAACUUUAUACACCCACACAAAUAAUAAAGGUUUGGCAGCACUGCAUAAGUAAUCAGCUGCUCGAAUAACUUUUCGGUUAAAGCAAUUUAGUGUUUUUAAUUAUAAAAUUUACAAUCGUGAGUUAGGUGGAAUCGAGCUCAAAGAUAAGUAACAAAAGUGGAAGUAAACUGUUAUCAAGCAGGGAAACUAAUAAAUGAGUACGAAAACACGAUAAGCGAGCGGAAACGUACAAAGUGUACUUAAUGGUGUCCAAUUUCGUAGUACAACGAAAGUUGUUUUUGCUUAAAACUAUAAAAAGUGAACCACCGUAUAUAUACCAAGGGUAAGGGUUGAAGUAGAAGGAAGACGUAGCUUGAGGGUCUUAUAAAUCGCAACCGAUAAAAAUCAAAAUGGGUACAAAUUGGCGUGAAUUGUUUCCAACAAAGCUCACAUUUGUCAUAUUUCUGCUCUACAUAUCGUUAUUCAUUGGUCAAGGCAUAUUCGUAACCGCCUCUCAAGAAGCCAAUAACUCCUACAGCUAUAAUACAAUCACCGUGGUGCUGUUUACAGAAAUACUAAAGCUUGUUGUGUCAACUAGUUUAUAUUGUAGAGAAAAAAAUUUCAUCAAUCUACUGCAAGAUGUGCGAAAGGAUUCAAAUGUCAUGAUGCUUUACUUUGUUCCUGCCUUUUUGUACUGUCUCUACAAUAAUUUAGCAUUUGUCAACUUGUCAACGUUUGAUCCAACGACUUAUUACCUUCUCUUGCAACUACGUGUCGUGAUAACUGGAAUUUUAUUUCAGAUUAUUUUUAAAAAAUACCUGACACGUCGCCAAUGGAUAUCGUUAUUGUUGCUAACAUUUGGUUGCAUGUUAAAGCAAGUGAAUCUGAACAGCUUAUAUGGAGACACAAAUGAUGAUAGCGAAGCCGCUGCAGUACAACAAGUCAGUUUGGGUAGUACGACUACUGCAGCACUGAAGGUGAGCGGAAAAAACAUGUCUGGCUUCGAUUUUAGUUUAAGUGCACUCCUAAUAUUAGCGCAAACAGUAUUUUCCUGCCUUGCUGGAGUUUAUAAUGAAUAUUUGUUAAAGGAUAAAGGUGCUGAUGUGAAUAUAUUUGUACAGAACGUUUUUAUGUAUAUAGAUUCGAUAGUAUGCAAUUUUCUGAUAUUAUUUUUAAAAGGGCAAUUGGUUGGCGCAUUUACGGCGGAAAAUAUGCGCGCUAUUUUUCGAUUUAAUGUAAUAAUAAUCAUAGUUAACAACGCAGCCAUUGGUAUUGUUACAAGUUUCUUUUUAAAAUACAUGAACUCUAUUGUAAAGACUUUUGCAAGCGCCUUGGAGUUACUAUUCACAGCCAUACUCUGCUAUUUUCUUUUCGCCAUACCUAUUUAUAUAAAUACCGCGCUUGCUAUUGGUGUAGUAUCUUUUGCAAUAUACCUAUAUACACAGAGUCCUGUAGUUAAUACAGGCAAAGUACGCCCACUAAGUACUAUAAGCGAGGCUACACUAACAACUCAAGAUAAACGAAAGUUGUUAGAUUCUGAUGGUGAUACGGAUCUAGAGAUGGAUAUAGUGUAGCAGGUAUGAUUAUUUUACCUAACACCAUAUAGUGUAAUGUACUGGUAUGCACACUUUGAAAAUGGCCAGUGACAGCCCUUAAUUUAGGUUAUGAUUAUAAAAUAAGAUAUUUUUUAGUUUUAUAUUUGGAUAUGAAUGUGCAAGUUAUAAGGAAACAAAUUGAAUGGCUUUAAAUAUGUAUAUUACGGGUGGGUUAUUAUACCAAUGGUCAUCUUAAACAUUUCUUAAAGAAAAAUACGAUAAUUUAUAUAUUAUAUUGACCAAAUAAAAUAUUUUCAAAAUACCACAA